AUGUUCUCGAAGAAAGGACGCAGCCAGCAAGGCUCCUCGUCGCUCGACCUGUCCUCCUUACAGUCCUACUCUCCAACGUGGUCGCCGCAUCUCCGUCUCGCAACGUGCAUCUCGAUCAAGUAUGCUGUGCACCGUCAUGUAGAGCGCGCGACCCAUCUGGCAAGCAAGUCGGGCCCCUUCGGUGCCUCCACAUCCUCCAUCUCGCAAGAGUGGUCCGAUUACGGCCAAAAGUUCCUCACGGCGACAUGUCAGCAUCUCGGCGUGCCGGAGAACUCGCUGCCCCCUCACCCGAUCAGCCUCGAGGAUGUGCUUUCAGCAGCCCAAGGUCGCCUGGAGCAUGCAGACACGCGCGACCCCAUCUGUCAGAACGAGCCGACCUACGAAUCCGGUUCGGAUCAUGCUCGCCGCUUCCCGAACCUCGACCUUCCCAUCAAGGGCGUGGACGAUGCCAAGAAGGGCGAACCUACAGAUGGACUCAACGCAGAAAAGGCAGCGCAAUCUUCCGCUGGUGGCGAUGAAGAGAAGCUCGGGGACCCCUCGGUUGCAUUCGGGGACUUGCAUCUCAGCACAUCGCCAUCACCCCAUUCUCCGCACUCUGAUGUCGGAAGUGAGGGCUUUCACUACGAUCAAGACGCCCAAGAGCUUCCCGACUUCUUCCACAGCAUGUCAGAUGCCACCUCUUCGCAGACCAUCAGUGCAGAACUCAGCCGCGAGAAGCGAGCGCGAAUUUUCUCGCAGGACACUUUGGCUUUGACGACACCAAAACGCAUGCAGGGCGCACUCGAUCGCGAUUCCGGCCAGGAGAUCGAAGUUGCGCACGAGCUGCUGUUGAUCGCGCUAGGCUUGGGCCAGUACCGCGCUCAGGACGGAUCAUCGACGCUGUUCGAACAAGACUUUCUCUUUGGCGAGACGCAGCUCGAUCUGCCGAAGACCGAGGCCCACAUCGAGCAGCCUGAACUCGCCCAUCCGCCACCGCCACUUCCUCGAAGACCAGGUCAGAGCGGGGAGGGUCCGCAAAAUGCGAACGCAACGUCAGCACCGGGCCGUGGGAGCGCAACAGACGAUGCGAUGAAAACCGUCACCGAUACUGGGCGCAUGCUUGGCGACGCAUCCAUGAGCGCCUUCACCUCGCUCAAAACAGGCACUCUCACGGGCUGGAGCAAGCUGUCGUCCGCCAGCAAGGAGCUCGUCGGCUCGCAAUCGCAGGCCAGCACCCCCUCUCCUUCAGCCAAGUCGACCAGCAAAGACGCCAAGCAGCCCGUCAAGCCGAAUGAGGUCUGCCACUACGAUGCCCGAGCGCGGUCGCUGAUCUUUGUCGCAGUCACAGCCAUGGGCAUUGCAGCGUGCCAGAUCUGGAUGGCCGAAAAGGUCAUGGCGCAGACCAUCUUUUUCAUUAUGAGCGAGGGCGAUCGGGCGUCGGCAUCCAAGAACGGCAAGGGGAUCGUCGAACAGCUGCCCGCUGGUGCUUCGCUCGAUGCACGGACAGGAUCCAUCACGCAAGCGUCUCAACGAUCGGAAUACAUGAACCAACACACGGGUUCGGUGGUCCAGCGCGAGCGUGAGAAGGUGACGUGGGGCAAGUGGGCUGCGAUGGGAGGCGGAUUCAUCGCUGGUGGACUGGUCAUCGGGCUGACUGGUGGUCUGGCAGCGCCGCUGAUCGCACCUGCCCUGGUCGGCCUGACGGGAGCCUCUUUCCUGGCCACCUCUGGCGGCAUCAUCAUGCUCGGAACGCUCUUCGGACUCGGCGGCGGUGGGCUCGCAGGUUACCGCGUCGAACGACGCCUCCGUGGUAUCGCCGACUUUUCCUUCGCGGAGCUUGCCAACGAAGCUCGCAGGGCUGGGGUGACAAUCCCCAGCCUGCACGCCACCAUUUGCUGCAGCGGUCUCCUGCUCGAGACCGACCAGCAAAUCGCGGCGUGGUCGCAAAUCUUUGAGGGUGCCAGGGACGGCCGCGAUGCCUUUGCCAUCGAGUGCGAGGCGGACAUGAUGAAGGAGGCUGGACAGGGCCUACGCUCCUACAUGCUGGAUAACCUCAUCCGCACCGGAGGCACUAAAGCAGCCGAGGAGGUUAUUAAGAAGACGGCACUUGCAGGCAUCGCCGCCAUCACGCUGCCGAUGAGCGUCUUCAACGCAGCGUCGGCGACACUCGACGGCGUGUUUGUACGGGCAAAGACAAAGGCGCACAAGGCCGGGCUGAUUCUCGCAGAGACACUACGCAACGAAGUCCAAGGUCAUCGCCCCGUCAUCCUCAUCGGAAUCUCCCUGGGAGCUGCGACCAUUCUUACCGCCCUCACCGAGCUCGCCAAGGAUCCGGAGAACACCUCGCACCUGGUGGACUCGGUCUUCCUCAUCUCGGCGCCGAUCACACCGUCGAACGCGACCCUGCGGAAAGUCAGAACGAUCGUGCAGCGACGCUUUGUCAACGUCUUUUCGUCCAAGGACAUGGUCUGCGGGAUCGCGGCCUGGCUAGGAUCGGGCGUAUCGGUGGAGGAACUGCGAGCGGGCAAGCUGCCGAGGGUCGCGGGGAGUCGUGCGAUCGACGACGUUCCAGGCCUGGAGAACAUCAACGUUUCCGACAUCAUCUCGAGCCACUUCGAGGUCAACGAUGCUGACAAGCUCGGUGCUAUCCUCGCUCGGUGCGGAGCGCUGGACGAUUGA